AUGAAUGAGGAAGCUUUAUUGGCGCGGGCUUCCGAGGAGAGGGAGCGUAUCUUUCAGAAAUACGAGCGCGGAAGAGAGAAUCUCGUCGGUCAAAUCGAUCCGUGGGAAGAUCCGGAGUUCGAGGACUACCACAAAACUGAUAGGUAUGGCUUCAUCCACGAUGAACGUCUUCCUCAAAAAACGGCGCCACAAAAGAUCAACGUCGAAGUUGAAAGAGAAAAGAAAUGGGUUAAAAUGCUCGGUUCUUGGGAUUCAGCAGCCACUAAAGAGAAAUUGCAUAGGCGAAUAUACAAAGGCAUUCCAAACUCACUAAGAAUUAAGAUAUGGUGUAAGCUUUUAAAUGUAAAAAAAAUGAAAUCGGAAAAUCCAACCAAGUAUCAAGAGAUGCUGAAGUUAGCCAAGAUAUGGUCCACGGAUGUCCGGCAGAUUGACUCAGAUGUGAACAGGCAGUUUCGAGAACAUCAAUUCUAUAGGGAAAGAUAUUCGGAAAAGCAGUGUUCCCUCUUCAACGUCUUAUGUGCCUACAGUAUGUACAACUCUGAAGUCGGUUACUGUCAAGGCAUGUCUGGACUAGCCGGUGUUCUGCUCAUGUACAUGGACGAAGAAGACGCCUUCUGGGCAUUAGCUAUCUUACUCUCAGAUAAGAAGUACAGCAUGCAUGGAUUGUACAUUGAAGGUUUUCCAAAGCUGACAAGAUUUCUCGAGCACCAUGACAAGAUACUCACAAAGUUUAUGCCUAAGCUAAAAUUCCACUUUGAUAACUAUGGUUUAGAUGCCAUUUUAUAUUCGCUUAAAUGGUAUUUCGUUUGUUUUGUUGAACGCGUACCGUUCAGUUUAUGCUUGCGAGUAUGGGAUAUUUAUUUACUUGAUGGAGAGCGUGUUAUAACUGCCAUGGCGUACACAAUCCUCAAACUACACAAGAAGGCUAUAAUGAAAUUAAAUGAUAUGGACCUUAUUGUUAAUUAUAUACAGGUUAAGCUUCACAAGGAUUUCGGGUAUGAGGACGAUGUAGUGAUAUAUAACUUGGAGCGUUCAAUGGAUGAAUUGAAGCGAGCAAAACUGGAUUAUCCAGGUCCACCACCACCGAAUGAGUUGCCGAAACGGACGCUCGGAGUAUUCAUAGAACCAGAUAAAAAAUCGAAAAUAGGGCAGCGGGCUGAAAACUUUUCUGAUGCUGAGAAGAAUGCUAGAGCUACUGUUAUUUUAAGACGCGAGAAAGCGGCCAUCGAACUGCAGGAGCUAAGAGUGUCCCAGAGCGAUACGGUCUCAGAGCACAGCACGAUUGCGGGGGUCCGGUGCGAGGAUUCGGUGUCCGUGCUGGGUUCGCGGCGGUCCCUGGCCGACACCAGCGUGACGAGUACCGCAGACCUGAGCGUUUUCUCCAGCGGCCGGUCCCACGCCCCGGACAACUCCCUGGACACGCACAGCAACAUCAGCGACGAUGCUACCGGGUCAGAUGGAUCGGGUAUUUGCGGGUUGAGUAUUCAACGCGCGAUGUCUACGCCGAGGCAGACUGUUCACUCCACCCCGCGUGGCAGCCCACAUCCGUCGUCUGUGUCGCCGUCGUCUGAAGACGUAGUCCGCAUCCACGUCACCUACAGCCCACUCGCCGCCAGUCCAUCGCACUUACAGCCUGUGAGCCCAUCCAAAUACAAAGGGUAUACAGAGAUUAACAAACCUACCACUCUGGGUUUCUACGCUACCAACGGUACUAAUGCCCCAGACAACAGGAUACGAAUCCAAGUGCCAUCCGAAGAGUUAUUGACACCCAUCGUUGACUCUGGUCGUAUUAUAACGCCGCGUUAUGUUGAUUACGAUGUUAAAUAG